AUUGAGAGUUAAAUUCUACGUGAACGCAAAAUAAUUUUACACACAUAAGGGAACGCUCGAAGCAGCUUAACUUGUUUCCAGUCAGGCGGAUUUUAUCAACGUACCGAGCGUGCGCCUUGAGAGGAAAAGCAUCAAUCUGAUACGCGGUUUUCAGCUGACUUGGCUCAUAUUGUAACCUGGCGGUUUGUUGUUGUUAGAUAUUAAUGGGAUCUGACAUCAAUUGCUCCCGUCACAGUCAUUAUUAACUUGGAAAAAAACGAUUCUGUGAAAAUGCCCCGGAGAAAGAGGACCACAGGCAGCAGCUCAGAUGGGACAGAGGACUCUGAUUUCUCCGCCGACCUCGAGCCGGCCGAAGCGGUCGCAAACGUGCAACGACGAAUUAGUACGCGCCUGACUCGCACGUCCCUUCGUCUCAGCCGAAGCACACGAGAAAACUCCAGCACAGCACGAAGCAGUUCUCCUGCACCAGCGGAGACAGCAGCGUCUGCGUUUUCCUCAAGACGCAGAAGCACGCGUAACCAACAGGGGGCGACAAACACCACGGCCAAAAAAUACCCACUCAGGCAGGGCAGGUUAUCUGGCUCAGAUACAGAGGUUAAUAAUGGCAUAAAGCGGACAGCGGACCACGACGAGACCCCUCCCCGCACCCCGACGGGAAAUGCCCCAUCUUCAGAGUCAGACAUUGAGACCUCCAGCCCUGGGAACGACCUGGUUUCUUCUAGCAAUGAUGUGGUGGUUUCUCAAGAGGAGGAUGAAAGACUGGCAAAGGAGCUCUCGCUGAAAGAGGCCGCCGCUCACGACCUUUCCCACAGGCCCAAACGACGGCGCUUUCACGAGAGCUACAACUUCAACAUGAAGUGUCCCACGCCUGGAUGUAAUUCCCAAGGUCACCUGACAGGAAGACACGAGAGACACUUCUCCAUAUCAGGGUGUCCUCUAUAUCACAAUCUAUCAGCUGAUGAGUGCAAGGGCAAGGUGUCAACUCGGGAGAAACAGGCCGAUGAAAGGACGCUGUCUCACCGUCACGACGAGAAUCGCCAUUCCACCAGGAACCAGGCCCCGACAGAUCGUCAGCUACGCUACAAGGAGAAAGUGACUGAGCUGAGGAAAAAGAGGAACAGCGGUCCCAAUAAGGAGGAGAAGGACAAGUCUACGGAUCAUCGUCAGAGCCACGGCAUGAAUCGGGAACCCCUGCUGGAGAACAUCACCAGCGACUACGACUUGGACUUGUUCAGGAAAGCGCAGGCACGUGCCUCGGAGGACCUUGAGAAGCUUCGUCUGGCUGGCCAGGUAUCAGAGGGGAGCAACAUGAUUAAAAUUAUCGUGUUUGGACGCUACGAACUGGACACGUGGUACCACUCGCCGUACCCGGAGGAAUACGCCCGGUUGGGGAGGCUGUACAUGUGCGAAUUCUGCCUUAAGUAUAUGAAAAGCCAGACCAUCUUGCGUAGACAUAUGGCCAAAUGUGUUUGGAAACAUCCUCCCGGCGAUGAAAUCUACCGAAAAGGCAACAUUUCAGUUUUUGAGGUCGAUGGCAAGAAAAAUAAGAUUUUCUGUCAGAACCUUUGUCUGCUGGCCAAACUUUUUCUAGACCACAAGACUUUGUAUUAUGACGUUGAGCCUUUCCUCUUCUACGUGAUGACUGAGGUGGACAACACAGGGUGCCAUCUUGUGGGAUAUUUCUCCAAGGAAAAAAACUCUUUCCUAAACUACAAUGUAUCCUGCAUCCUCACCAUGCCACAGUACAUGAGGCAGGGAUAUGGAAAAAUGCUUAUAGACUUCAGUUACCUGUUGUCAAAGGUAGAGGAGAAAGUGGGCUCGCCAGAGCGGCCGUUAUCUGACCUGGGCCUUAUCAGCUAUCGCAGUUACUGGAAAGAGGUGCUGCUGCGCUACCUGAAUAAUUUUCAGGGGAAAGAGAUCUCCAUUAAAGAGAUCAGCCAAGAGACGGCAGUGAACCCAGUGGACAUUGUCAGCACGCUGCAGUCCCUCCAAAUGCUCAAAUACUGGAAGGGGAAACACCUGGUUUUAAAACGACAGGACCUUAUUGAUGACUGGAAAGCCAAGGAGCGCAAACGUGGUAACAGCAAGACCAUCGACCCCACAGCUUUGAAGUGGACGCCACCUAAAGGGACGUAGAAGUGCAUUUUCUGUCACGCUCCCACAAAAAAAAACACAUCCACUUCUGCGCACUGGUGAGCACACGCACCUAAAAUAUUCACACUGGCACUGUUGUUUUAAAAACGCUUCCAGCGGCUUUUUACUAAGUCAGAUAUUGUUGCACUCACUUCUGUUACAACAAACAAUAAUUAUGAUGAUUGUCGGACUGAAUAAGAACGUAAGAGAAAAUGUAGCAGGCAAUGUAUUACGUGUCCGAUUAUUCUGAUUUAUUUACUCAAACAUUUUACAGACUGUCAAAGUAUUUCUAGCAUUAUCUCGAAAAUGUUCUACAAAAUAGUAUAGUCCGUACACAAAUGGCAUAGUACGAUUUUUUUUUUCCGUUUGGUUUUAGAAAAGUGUGUUUCAAUUACAGUGUUGUCAAUACAGGUUGAAAUAGAUAAUAUUCAGUAACCAUAACCUGAAAUUUGCGUGACGGAGCUCUGACUGGAAAAUACUUGAAAAUAAUCAUUUUAUGUGUUCAGAAAAAAAAAAAGAAAUUGGCCAGAUUUAUGCGAAAAGAGAAAGUAGAAGUGAGCUAUUGAAAGAGCGUAAAUAUUCAAUUUUGUUCUAGAAUUGUGUCAUCAAUUAACGUGUGCCAGGUAUUUAAACCUAUAAGCUAUAGCUGCCAUUGGCCUUAUUUUAACUUUUGUACGUCUUUAAUUUAAGAAGGGACCUGCCUUGAUAUCUUUAAGUUGCUAUCUGUCAUCAACAGGACAUAUGUGAGAUUUUUAGACCCCCCCCCCCCCCCCCCUCCUCAUAUUUAAUCAUUUUCUACCUCUCACCACUGUAUAAAAGUUGAAAUAUUCCACUUUUGGUCUUCUUUGUUACUGUGUGAAAAUGUCUUUUGUUGAACAUUUUUUGUACUAGAGUUCUUGAAAGGAGAUGUGUUAUUUAUGUUUUAAGAAUGUGCAAAGUGUAGAAUAAAAUAGUCACAGGAUUCUUCCAUGUGAAUAGAAAUAUUUGUUUAAAAUGAUGUUUAUAUUGGGAUUCUUAAAAGCUACUGUUUUUUUGUUUUCUUUUCUUA